UUUUGUGAACCGCGCGUUGGAGUUGCCCUUCCUCCGCUGCUGUCCGCAUCCUCUGGCUCGUAGUCGUAGGACACGGACCCGGCUUCAGCCCGGCACGUCCUUCUCCACCGCGCAUCCCCUCUCCUGGCGAGCGGCCGGCCACGGGCAGCCACAUCGCCUCCGCCGCGCCACCGAGUCGAUUGUCUCGAGCGCACAACACCCCGCGGCGACCUUGCCAACCAAUCACAGAGGAGCUCGGCCACCCCCUGCGUUCUGUGCAAACGUUGUGAAACAGUCAAACAGAUCCCCAAUUCGCCGCAUCCGACUUGAUGGACGGCCGCCGAAGAGGCGAGCGGGAGGUGAACCGGUGGCAUACAGGUCCUGAGGAGGCGCGUGAGAGGGACUCCGGCUCCUCCUCCCCGGCUGCCAUCCUCCUCUUUGCCCUCAUCGGCGCCACUGUCACCACCGCCGCUGUUGGUCAACUGCGCCGCACCUUUGGCUGGUUCUACACUCAGCUUAGCAGAUCAGAACCAUAUGUCUACUGGGAAGACAUACCUCGUGGGCCGAAUAGGUGUGGUGAUGCGUGGCGAUAUUACCGGAGGACGCGUGAGACGAACGAGGAUCAGAGGAAGAGAGUGGAACGCAUCAUGCACAUGCAAGAUAUGUUCAAGAAGGAGAGAAGUAAAUGCCGGGAUUAUCGGACUCGCAAUGGCCAUAAUCCAACCUAUAAUCAGCAUAGUCGAAGAGAAGACUGGUAUGAAGACGCAGAAACAUUUUAUGCCAAUCAAAGAACAAAUUUCAGAUCAAGGCCCAGGGAAGCUAUGCAGUACAGUAUGUCACAUCACUAUUCUGUCUUGGGCCUAAACAGGUCAAGACCAGAACCAUUUUCAGAUGCUGAGAUUAAGAAUGCGUUUAGGAGAAAAGCAAUGGAAUACCAUCCAGACCAAAACCAAAACAACAAAGCGGUUGCUGAGGAAAAAUUCAAAGAGGUCAUGGAUUCUUACGAAGCAAUAAAAUUAGAAAGGCAAAAUGGAAGUUGCUGAGCAAACUCAUGAUGCGGGACUUGCAUCUUGGCGUUUGACACAAAGAUAAAAUAUGUCCAAAAAACCCUUCUAUUUUGUACCUUAUUGGUUUAGUACGUAGCAUCAAAUGGCCCUUUUGUUAUGGGCUCUGAUCCUCUAGCUGGCCGGUUAACUAUGUUUUUUUUAAUUGAGUUAACUAUGGGGCCGGUUAACUAUGUUUUUUUAAUUGAGUUAACUAUGGUUCAAGAUAAGCUGAUGGAGACAACGUGUUUAGUA